UCCGAAAAGUGAACGUUUCACGAGUCAACAGCAACGUCUUUCGAGAAGUUAUAGGCGCUGUUUGCGACAUUUUUCUUUCUUUAUCCGUCAUCCAAUGUUUUGUGUAAUGAAAUAACACGUUGGUUAGCGAGUAAUUUCGAUCCUAGUGUUCAUAGUCGUAAUUAAGUAACCGCUAGAUUACGAUUAAUUCUAAUAUGGGCGACGAAAGCCACCCGAAAACUCUCUACGUCGGUAAUUUAGACGCGAGUGUCACAGAAGAUUUUCUAUGCGCGUUGUUCGGCCAAAUUGGCGAAGUAAAAGGUUGUAAGAUAAUCCGUGAGCCCGGAAAUGAUCCUUAUGCGUUCCUCGAGUUCACGAAUCACUCGGCGGCGGCUACGGCCCUGGCCGCCAUGAACAAGCGAGUGUUUCUGGACAAGGAGAUGAAGGUUAACUGGGCGACAAGUCCCGGGAACCAGCCCAAGACGGACACUAGCAACCACCACCACAUAUUCGUCGGCGACCUGUCGCCGGAGAUCGAAACGCACAUACUGCGAGAGGCUUUCGCGCCCUUUGGUGAGAUCUCAAACUGCCGGAUAGUCCGCGACCCACAAACGCUCAAAUCUAAGGGGUACGCGUUCGUUUCUUUUGUGAAGAAGGCUGAUGCCGAAGCGGCGAUUCAGGCUAUGAACGGACAGUGGCUAGGGUCGAGGUCCAUACGCACCAACUGGUCGACACGCAAGCCGCCGGCUAACAGGCCCAGCGAGGGCGCGCCGAGCAGCAAGCGAGCUAAGCAGCCCACAUUUGACGAGGUUUACAACCAGAGCUCACCAACUAACACAACUGUUUACUGUGGGGGCUUCACCAGCAAUGUUAUCACUGAGGAGUUGAUGCAGAAUACAUUCUCACAGUAUGGCCAGAUACAGGAUAUUAGAGUAUUCCGAGACAAAGGCUAUGCGUUUAUUAGGUUCACAACUAAAGAGGCGGCAGCACAUGCCAUCGAGGGCACACAUAACACAGAGAUUAGUGGACAUGCAGUAAAAUGUUUCUGGGGCAAAGAGAACGGAGGAACGGGAGAGAGCCAGAGCACACCCAGCACCACAGCAGCUCCUCCCGCCAUGGGCGCGCAGACGCAGGGGUACCCCGGCUACCCGUACCAGCAGCAAGGCAUGGGAUAUUGGUAUGCCCAGGGCUACCCCGCGAUACAGGGCUACAUGGCCCCCGGCUACUAUCAGCAAUACGCCACCGCCUAUAGCAAUCCGCAGGCCGCAGCAGCAGCGGGCUACCGCAUGAGCAUGCCGGGCGGCGGCGGCGGCUGGAGCGGGCCGCAGCCCGCGCCGCUCGUGUACCAGGCCGUGCCCUCCGCGCCCACGUACCCCUCGCAGUAGCGCGCCCCAAGCCCGCCCACACACCAACCGACACUGCGACUACUCGGUCCCGUACCGUCCGGAGGCAUUCGCCGGCAACUCUACCCUCGUAAGGCCAUGCCACCCCACAGUCGCCAUCAGAUACAUCGGGGCGCCCGGGGUAUUCACUAAUAUCUGACCGGCCUCUAUUAUCGAGACGUUAAAGUGCAUGUUUCGAUAUUUUUAAGCACCUCGGUCGCUCCGAGAUAUCUGACGGCGACUGUACCCUGAAAUUUGAACCGUACGCAGAAAGUAGCAUUUCUUUUGCUUUUCCAAUUUUUCUAACGAAAUAAUUUCAAAUGAAAGAACUUGGUUCAAGUUUCUCGAACGUUUUGUAUUGUGGGCAAUGUAAGGGUAUCUUUUUAGGUCAUUGUCAUCUCAGCAAUUAGUAUAAAAGUGACUUAUAUAAACAGUUGAAGCGCUCCAAAAUUUAUCCAUACAAUUUUGUAGCGCGUAGUGCCUCUAAACAUCUAUACGGUUUGUCGAUGCGUUAUGUUAUGCUGGUUAUACGGAAAAAUAAUUUGGCUGGAUCAGAAAUACUCUGAGUUAUACCCACAUAGUAGAUUCAAAACUAUACGUAUAAGAGAUAUCACUAUAUCUUUCUUACAAAUACUUACAGAUUUUAAUAUGGUCUUAAAGGGGCGCUUGGCACAAUUCUUCAUUUACUUGCUUGAUUUAAAUUCAGUUACCAAACAUAGGUGAAGAUGAAGUAAUAAAUAACAAUGCUCCAAUAUAAUAAUAAAAUAAUAUAUUCACCCGUGGCAAUAUGGCCGAGGCACGUCUACACAGACCGAGCUGCUUCGCGCGGCAAUUUCCUCGCGAGGCGACUCGCUCUGUGUGGACCCGGCUAAUGAAGUUUCAUCGCAAAGUGCCAAUCGCCUGAUCUUUGUCCAAAGAAUGACAGUCGCUCAAGCCUUCCCAAUGUCUCCAAUCGUACCAUAUAACAUAUGAUGGACAUGUGGCUUAAAAUGUCCUCUUUUUUCUUCAAUCAGUACAGUUUCAAAUGAUAUAGACGUGUUUAAAUUGAUUCUCCAAAUGGCAAUUAUUUAUUUGCAAUAAUGUUUACAAAAGUGGAUGAUAAUUGAUGAUACCAGUUUGAUUCUCAGUUAAAACGGAAAAUAAUGUACAAGUUCAUUAAUUAUCAGGCCCCGAUUCACUACCCUGACAAUUGUCACCUGACAUUGACAAUUGACCGUACAAUUCUGGUCCAAAAAAGUAAACAUUGACGUUAUUCGGCUUUACGUACCGACUCAAAUGUGCAGGAAGCCAGGAAGUUGUCAGUGUCAAAUGUCAAUUGUCAAAUUGGUGAAAUAGGCGCCUGGUCCUAUGUAAAGUUAAAAUAACUCCUAAAUCCAUUGGAACACAGUUAAAAUUUGGGUAAAAUUGAAAAGCGCGGUGAAAUAAAUAACCUUGUAAAGUAUCUUUAGAACGAAAGUAUUUGGCUAAAGAAGAAACGUCCAAUAUUCUGAAAUAACUUGUUAUUUAUCACUUGGCCAUAUUUAUAAUAUGUCUUUUGACUGACUGACUAACAGAAGCGAUUGACAUGUCAUAAUGAUGUCAUCUUCAUAAAUAUAUUUUCGAUACCUGGUAUCAACAAAUUGGGCUUGAAUGAGCAACACAGAAAUACGAAAAUACUAUUAUGUAUCUGUCAAAUUUUCGUAUAUGUUUUUCCAUAAGUAUACCUAAACACAUGGUGAUUCGAAAGAGCUAGGUUAAUAUAUCAGUGUAUUGUGUUCGUAUCCAUAUACCAUUCCAUAACAGUUAUCUAUAUCAAAAGUGCCAGUAUACCAUUAACAGCAGAAGUUACAUGAACACUUUUCAAAAUGAUCUGCACAUGUGUUGUAAAGAACUCGUUUGAACUCUUUUCCGAAGGGAUAGGGUUCAAUUUUACGUAAUAUCUAACACCCUUAUGCCCGUUAAAGGACACCUCUCCUGCUUUCUGUUGCAGAUUCUUAUAUCCAUAUCAAAUCAGUAUCCAUACCACGAGUUUGACACUGACAUAUUCGCUAGCGACUGCGUAAACUAGCUCACAAUAGUCACAAACUUCACAAAGCAUCUCCCUCGUACUGACAUUGAUGUAAGCGAGAUGCACUGCGUUUGAUUUGACGCAGUCGCUAGCGUUUCAGGCCGCGCAUAACUCAUGGUGAACGCACAUGUGACCAAAGUGUUUGUCUUUUAGUAUACUGGCAUUUUGAUCUUACGACUACGUACGACUCGAAUCUUAAGCAAUAUUAGACUUUAUAGUAAAGUGCCUGACAUAACCAAGAAAACUGGAAUGAUUCAAUUGUGACAAACAUAAGAGGCUGCUAUUAUUCAGUUCUAAGAAUAUUCGUUUGAAUUAUUCCACAUUUUAUUGGAAAAACUUCCUUUUUCACUCUUUACAUUGACGAAUACUAAGAUACAAACAGCAACACUCUUCUCUGUCCAUCGGUGGAUCUUAUGCCUUUUGUAAUAAAGUUUACCGAUGGGCAGUUAACAGUGUGGGCGGUGGUACUAGCCUUGUUUGGAAGACAAUAAGUUUUGUCACAUUUUUUCGAUGCUUUUUGAGUUCUUUGAACUAUUUUAUCUACAUUGUCAAUAACCUAUGGUCUAUAUUUCACUAAUUUGUCAAUUGUCAUCUGAAAAUCUGCCCAAGUGCGCAAAAAUAUCUGACACAGCCUUAGUCUCAAAAGCCUUAUGCCGCGUCUAUUUUUGCAUAAUUCAUCGUAUGAUAUAUUAUGUCGCCAUCAGAUUUAUCGUAACGGCCAAGGUGCUCUCAAAUAUCUGAACACCUCUAUUGUCAAGGCGCUAGAGUGCGUGUUCAGAUAUUUUUGAGCACCUCGAUCGCUACGAUGUAUCUGAUAGCGAUUGUAUAUCUCAAGAUGUCCAUGUUACAAUUAUGCUCAAUUGCCAUGGCAUCUGUCCAGUUAGUGAAAUAGGGGCAUAUUUACUCUAAUUUAUAUGAAAUUGUUUUUGGAAUUAUUAAAAAAGCAGUUGGUGGACCAAUUCUGACUUUAUGGAGGUCAAAUAUGUACAAUCAAGUGGGGUAACUGGGGACAGAUAAAUAGCAUUAGACAUUUUUUUUGACUACGAACUAAUCUAGCUAGUUAAAAAAUUGGCACUAUGACUGGUAAAUCCUGAUUCAAAGAUUGUAAGAAGUACACUGAUGUCAGUAUACUUCAUAUUAUAUGAGGAAUAUUUCCUGUCUAAUGUUAUCCCUCUUGUUUCCAGUUAUCCCAGUUGACUGUUCACUAAAGUGCCAUGAAAAUGUGUCACAAUAUGGAAUGUUUCGUAGAAAGUGAUCUGACUUAUUUGCGCUUGUAAAGGAUAACAGAACGAAAGCCUUGAGUUUCAUUCAAACUAGCUGAAAUACUAAUUAGCUUCAAAAGCCUUUGGGAUUGGGUAGCAGACAAGUCUACAUAUAAUAAUUAUUAUGAAUAUAGAUGGCGUUACUGGGUAUUCUUAGUCCCAUUUUCUAUUAAUGGCGUUUUGAAUACGUAUCUCGAUUCAUAACGAAAGUGUAAUAAAAAGGCGUGUCCACACAGAACGUCCCGCCUCGCAGGGAAAUUGCCGCGCGAAACAACUCGGUCUGUGUAGACGUGCCUCGAGCGAAGCAAACGCACUCGCGGGCGUAAUGCCUCGGGCGAGGCACGUUUCCACCGAUCGAGCUUUUUUCUCGCGAUGCUCUCGAGCGCGGCAAUUUCCUCGCGAGCCGGCUCGUUCCGUGUGGACAAUAAUAAUUAUAUGAUAAUUUGUCUUGCGAAACAAUCUCAACUGUUUUGACUCCCUAUUUCAUUUCGAUCUGAUGACGGAUGUAUUAUCUUGAAAGACAUUUUAGGUAACAUUUUUAUUGGCAGUAGCUUUUUUGACAGUCUACUAUAAAAGUAAGGCCGAUGUAUAAAAUAUGUCCUAUGCAUACCUGCAUAAAUAGAAUUAUAGAAAUACAGAAGUAUUUUAUACGGAAAAAUGUAACAUACUUAUCGGCAAUAAGGUACAUGUAAUUAUAAAGUCGUUGGUAAAGUUAUUUAAGGCUGUUUACACACUGACAUGACGAGCCGCGGCGAGCUGAGCGACUUGGCAUCGUCCCACGUCGGAAUGUGUAAAAAACUGAUGUAUUUGCUUACAUUUUUAUAUCUGUCAUUGCAAACCGUGGUAUCAGUGAGUGUAUAGCCUAAAGGUGUUGCACGCCAUUAGUCAGUUUCUAUACCUGUCGCAUAUAAAUAUUAUUAAUUUGAUAUAAAAAUCAAGUAGCUUAAGGUAUAGAAACGAGCUAGUUUUGAUUUAAGUGCUAUCCUUUCUAGAACCCGCAUGCUAAGAAAAUUAGGAUUGUAAUGUUUUCUACGCAACAUAACUGUAAGGGUUCUACCUAUAAGAUCAUUAUUUAGUAUGACUGUCAACAAUCUGUAUUUUAUAGGACUAUUCUUUAGAUGUAUUUGUUUUUGAAAUGAUUAUUGACAGAAGGUACAAAUUGUUAAUGUCAUUGAAUGGGUGGACUGAAGGCCUAACCUUCGUGGUUAAUGUAAGUUAACCAUAUCCUAAGAUCGGCACUGUCAGAAACUGCACAAAACCGUAUACCGACCAGUGGUCUGGGGAUGUGGAGUGAUGUUUAUACCAGUGUAAAGCUAUGUCCACGCUUUGCUUUUCAUUCAAGGGCCUUAGCGCAUUCAAUAGUACAAGCGGGUUAAUCACGGAAUAAUCGCUCGCUGCGAAUUCGCUCCAAGCGGUUUAGUGGACAAGGCAUUCUGACGUUUAAGAAAAACUAAGUCGAUUAUAAAUGUGGGCAUACUGAACAUGUUUAGUAACUAGCACGACCACUGGCAAGGUAACUCGCCUUAGUAGUGUCACAUCAUCCGAUACUGGCCAAAUUCCUGUACAUUUUGUACGACUAGAUUAGGCAGUUAGCGGCGUACAGAGGCGCCGGCACCUACAUAGAUAGGACAUAACGAAAUAAAUUAUAAAUUUUUAAAAAACGUUAUAAAUAUAUAGUGGAGGACACGACACACUCGUGUAUAUAGGUUGAUAUUUAUUGCCCGCCCGGACUGAGCCUCCGCUAUAACCAGGCCGUAUUUAUAAGUUCGGCACAUGUUGUUUUGUUUGACGAAUUGUUAUGAUUUAUUGUAUACACUGGUAAGUCAAUAAAGCAGUGGGUCUGGUAA